AGGCCUCGCAACUGCUGGCCUACGAUUCUCCCAUCCUCAUUCCACCUUUAACUCAAUCGCCACCACCACCGUGCCCUCCAAAACUCGCCGUCCGUCCAUUUUUCUUUUUUUUUCUUUUCUUACCAAACAACGGUGACAUAUCCGAUUUAGUAGGAAUAUUCACAAUUUUCUCCUCUCAAAUUUCAACAAUGGCACCUUUCCCCCUUCAGAUUUCGUUCCUCCUCAUCAAACUUCCCUCCACUUUCUUCUCCUUCUCUCUUUUGGAAUCGUCGCUAUGUUAACUCCGUUGAGCCUUUCCAUCGUCUUCUCUCAUCGAUAAUCAACCAAACUGGACCUCACGACCAAUUAGAAUUAGAGUAUGACUGAUCAUACUUCCGACAAUAGCAAACCGCCAUUGAAGUCCCUUCCCCUUCAAGAUUGGGAAUCCCUCAUCGAGGACUUCCACAGCGGCGGCCCUCGUCUUCACCGAUGGUCUUCUCAAUUUUCCAUCACCGCUUCUUCUCUUAUCGACUUGGUUCUCUCCUCCAUCCUCAAGCGGGAUUUCCCUCUUAAUCUCAAGCUUCAGCUUCUCCAUUUCAUCGAUGAAUUUGUUUCCUUUUCUGAUUUUCCCGAUUCUUCCGACUCUGUUUUGUCUGAAUCCAUACUCGAGCGUUUGGUUGAAACCCUUCGUGUGAUUUUACAAUCUCCGAACUCUGAUGGCCUUUUCACGUUCUCUCUCAAGGAGCAAAUUAUGGUCUCCACUACCUCCAUUUUCAUUUCCGUUGAUGCUUUGCGGAAUUUCGAUGUUCGAUUGCAUGAGAGCUUGACUGAAUUGCUGCUUACUGUUGUUAACCGCCCUAAUCAUGGGAUUGAUAGGCAGGCUCGAGCAAUUGCGUGUGAGUGCUUGAGGGAAUUGGAGAAGGCUUACCCUUGUUUACUGUCCCAUGUUGUGGGACAUCUAUGGAGUUUGUGCCAAAGCGAGCGCACGCACUCAUCCCAGAGCUAUAUUUUGCUUUUCACAACCGUCAUCAGUAAUAUCGUUGCACAAAGAUCAAGCGUCUCGAUACUCAGCACGUCUAUUCCUUUGGUUCCUUUCAACGUUCCGCAAUCUGUUCUUGCUCCAGAUUCGAGUUCAAUUCGAGAGGUUUCAGCUGGAUUGAAUUCUAAGGAAUUGAGGAGGGCAAUAGCGUUCUUGCUUGAAUCACCACAAAUUCUCACUCCGCCUGCUAUGGUGGAAUUCAUGGCUAUGAUAAUGCCUGUAGCUUCAGCUUUGGAGUUGCAGGCGUCAAUGUUGAAGGUGCAAUUCUUUGGAAUGAUAUAUUCCUUUGAUCCAUUACUGUGCCAUGUUGUUUUGAUGAUGUAUUUGCAUUUUUUAGAUGCAUUUGAUGAGCAAGAACGCGAGAUUGCUCGCCGUCUUUUGUCGAUCUCUAAAGAAACACAGCAACAUCUGGUUUUCCGUUUGCUUGCACUCCAUUGGUUGUUGGGUUUAUUCAGGAUUGAUAGUUCACUUGGAAAAAAGAUAAAUUCUGUUGCUGAAAUGGGCUUGAGCUUCUAUCCUGCAGUGUUUGAUCCGCUUGCUCUUAAAGCUUUGAAGCUUGACCUUCUUGCCUUUACUUCAAUUCGUAGCACAGUGCACAAAGCAGAGACUGUUUCAGGCGAAGAUUCAGAAUCUGGGAAGUCAGUGGUGAAGCUUCUUCAAGAUGGUCUGGUAUGCGUAUCAGCUUUCAAAUGGCUACCCUCAGGAAGCACAGAAACUGCUGUUGCUUUUCGUGCCUUCCAUAAAUUCUUGAUUGGGUCGUCAUCUCAUUCUGUCUCUGACUCGAACACCAUCAAAAGUCUUGUGGAUUCCAACAUCUUCCAUAUGUUGCAGGAGAUGCUUGUGGAGUCAAUAUUGGAAAGUCAGAGAUUGGUUCCCGUCAUUGUUGCUUUUGCUGACCGAUUGUUAGGGUGUCAAAAACACAGAUGGUUAGGAGAGAACCUACUCCAGAAAUUUGACGAGCAUUUGCUUCCGAAAGUUGCAAUCAACUACCAAUUAGUUUCUUGUUUCUCAGUAUUCAAUAGAAUGGCUGAAAAUGAUACGAUACCUCCCAGUGGAUUGCUAGGAAUUUUUGCGAAGUUCAUGUUGUUUCUUGUUGAGAAACAUGGACCAGAUACGGGGAUAAAAUCUUGGUCUCUUGGAAGUAAGGUACUUGGCAUUUGCCGGACAUUGUUGAUGCAUCACCAAAGCUCUCGAUUGUUCCUUAAAAUGUCUCAUCUGCUUGCAUUUACUUGCCUAUAUUUUCCUGACUUGGAAGUUCGUGAUAAUGCAAGGAUCUACCUGCGUAUGCUGACUUGUGUACCUGGAAAGAAGCUUAGGGACUUGCUAAAACUUGGAGAUCAACCCUUCGGCAUUUCACAGACUCUUCAUUCUGGCGCUUUAUACAAUGUCCAGUCUCCACGACUUUCUCAUGAUCUCAAGAAGUGCAGAAACAUCUCAUCCUAUAUACAUUUAAGACGAAAAAUUCCAUUACUUGUAAAACAUUCUUGGUCCUUAUCUCUAUCAACUCUAGGAGUUGAAAAUGACAAGUCUGGUUUUCCUGAGGGUAUCAUGGACACUGAAACUGUGGUUGAAGAAAGGGUGACUGAAUUCUCAUCUAAUAUUGAAAAAAUUAAUCUACCUCAGGAGCCUUUGCGUGUAAUGGACUCCAAGAUUUCCAGGAUUUUGGAUAUAUUAAGGAGACAUUUUUCAUGCAUUCCCGACUACAGACAUAUGCCAGGGCUUAAAGUUACAAUAUUUUGUAGUUUAAGUUUUGAUUCAGAGCCAUUUAAUCGUAUUUGGGGAAGUGAUACAUUUGCUAAGAAAUUGGAUGAUAUGGGUAAUCAUCCUGCAAUGUAUGCAACUGUGCUCAAGUUUUCUUCUUCUGCAUCAUUUGGUCCUAUUCCAUCCCGUCAUAUACCUUUUAUUUUGGGAGAGUCUCCUGGGGAUGAAGAUACUGGUUCGAGGGGGGUCUCCUCAUUGGACAUCGUUCCUAUACAGAAUGGUUAUGGAAAAGAAGAAAGAUUUAAGGCUCUGGUCGCAGUUGAAUUGGAACCAAGGGAGCCCACACCAGGAUUUGUUGAUGUCUCAAUUGAAUCUACAGCAGGAAGUGGCCAGAUCAUUCGUGGUCCGCUUGAGAGUAUCACGGUUGGACUUGAAGAUUUGUUUCUUAAAGCUGUUGUCCCGUCAGAUGUAUCAAUGGAUGAAAUCCCUGGUUAUUAUUCCGAUUUAUUCAAUGCCCUAUGGGAGGCAUGUGGGACGUCUUCCAGUACUGGGCGGGAGACAUUUUCACUGAAAGGAGGCAAGGGAGUUGCAGCUAUUGGGGGAACCAGAUCAGUCAAACUACUCGAAGUCUCAGUGGCUUCUUUAAUUGAGGCUGCUGAACUCUACCUGGCUCCUUUUAUCGUGAGCGUUGUGGGUGAACAGCUCAUUCAAAUUGUGAAGGAUCGAAAUAUUAUCAAGAAUGUCAUCUGGGAGGACAUGGCAUCUGAGAACUUCUCACAAGCGACCUCUUCAGUACCUGAUCUUGACAGAGGCCCACUACGUCUUACAUAUUUUUCAAAUGAAGAUGAAAUGGGAAGUCUUGUCAGUAGUUAUAAGAGAAACAUGGGUCACUUCCAUAUUUUGAUAUUUCUUCCACCAAGGUUUCACCUUCUCUUUCAGAUGGAAGUUUCGGAUUUUUCAACGUUAGUCCGAAUUCGAACUGAUCACUGGCCUUGCUUGGCUUACGUUGAUGAUUAUUUGGAGGCUCUGUUUCUUGCAUAGGACGAAACCAAUUAGUUUCACUAUCAUCUUGGCAAUACUCUAUCCAGAUCAUUUCAUCUGGUUUUGCUGUAGACACACUUGAAAGAUGCUCGGGCACUUUCUUUUGCAGGGGGGAGGGUAUUUUUUUUUGGAAACCCUUAGUAGAUAUACAAAACUAGUAAAUACAUUUGUAGUUUAUGCUCAAAUUGUAUUCUUUCUAAGUGGACCCAAGGAGGCCGAUAAAUUCUUUUCUUCUUUUCGUAGUUGAGUGGUUUUAGGAUUUUAAGUUGGGUUAUUAUGCCAGAGGCUUAAAAGUUGCAUAUGUAAACUAGAGCUGUAUUUACGAUGCAUACGGCCACAUGUAUAAUUUCUUGUGUUGAGACU